AUGUCUUCGAAGGGGCCCCAAGAUGGCCGCAGGCGCAAGAGAACCAAGUUCGACAAAAACCAAUACAGGAUUCUUAUUGAGGCUUUUGAAAGUGAUGCUUACCCUGAUAUUAAUGUCAGAAUAGAUCUGGCUAAGCGAACCCAGAUUCCUGAGCCGAGAAUCCAGGUCUGGUUUCAGAACAGGAGAGCUCGAGUUCUUCUGAAGAACACCCAGAAGCAAGAGGCACAACCCCCAGUUCCAAAACCUAUUCAGGGAGGAGUCAGUGUCCCAGUUCCAGGAUCCAGUCAAGGUGGACUCUGUGCCCCCGACAGCCCUUGCCAGCAGGGUCUUCUGGUGGCCCAGAGAGAUGCCAGUUUUUUUUCCUGGAAGCCGGAAGAUGCUUCUGGUCAAGCUGUGUUUUGGGGGUAUGCUGGUGGCCUGGGUGUGAAUAUGGCCUCUCCUGACCUGCAGACCCCAGCUAAUGAGCCUUCUGGAGACCUCCACUGGUCUCUCUCCUCGGGCUUCAGCCCCAAAGUUCUUAACGCUUCCCAACAGUGCUUCUCACAGCUGGAAGACCGCAGUGCAGAGACGCAUUUGGGGGACCCUGGACAGCUCCUGGCACACGGGAACUGGGACCUGCAGUGGUGCGGGCAGCAUCCUCCCUCUGGAGAACAGCAGCCAUGGUGGAGCUGGCAGCCUCCGCCUGCUGUGGAGUCAGAGGUGGCACCCCAGCAGCUGCUGUCCCAGAACCCGGAGGCCUGGGCACCACCGUGGUCCUGUUCGCCCCUUCUGCUCACUCCAGCAUCUUCACCCCCUCAACCCUCUCUGCCCUGGGAGCCCUGUUCCCAUCCUGCUUCUCCUCAGCCCUAUCCAGUGAAGGCAUCUUCCAGCAUCGGGAGCCAUUUCCAUCCCUACGUCUGA